GACUUCUAUUCAUGCACAUAUAUAAAUAUAAAAUUUGUGAACAUCUUCAGUAGAUAACGAGCUCUUAACAGAAUAGCCUUUUACUGAAAAUACGCAGUACAACAAAAAUGUUCCGCCUUCUUUUAGUAGCGUGUCUUGUAGUGGUGGCAGUCAAUGGACUGAGUCAAGAACUCAAAGAAAAGUUCAUGGAACGCUUAGAAUCCAUCGGCGGAGAAUGUGCAACUGAAGUAGGUGCAAACGAAGAUGACAUUGCUGAACUUAUUGCUCACAAGUGGCCCUCCAGGCAUGAGGGUGAAUGUAUGAUUUUCUGUUUCUACAGACAUUUCGACAUGAUGCAUGCAGAUGGAUCUCUUCAUGCUGAAGGAGCAAUAAAAAUGAUGGAACCGCUGAAAGCUGAUGAUCCAGAUUUAUACGAAAAAUUCAUGACUAUUGGGAAGCAGUGUGCAGAAGAAGUGAAAUCGCAGGAUGAUAAAUGCAAAUUCGCUACAGAGUUAGCCCAAUGUGGGGUCAAAAAAGGAAAAGAGAUGGGAUUGGAUGAGUCACUUUUUGAGUAGCGACUUGCAUGAAGGUUUCAGAAUUGGUUGACAUGGAUUGUAUAUUUUAUCUUUAUUGGAAUAAAGUUUUUACAUAAAUU